AAUUAAACCUUGGUUUAACCUCCUCUGUUGACUGUGAAAUCUUUUGAAUAAUAUUUACAGCAAUGGUGUAAUAAACUUUUAGCGUUUUUAUUCCUAAGUGACGCAUGGAAUAAACAGUUUAUGAAUAAUACCUUAUUAUAAAUUUCAUUCUAACUUAUUGGAAAGCAAAAUGAAUUUUCUUAAAUUUACUAGACAAUCCAUUGCUAUUUGUAAGGGUAGAACUAACACCUUUUCCACCAAUCUGGAAACAUCUAGCUCUCUGAGAAAAUUUAGUACUCAUAAAUUUGUGAAUACUAUUCAUAAAGUAGAAAGAUUUCCAGGCGGACGGAUAUCUAAUGUCAAGAAAGAAAUAGAUGGACCUGCUUAUUUUUUGUUGAUUAUACCAAUUUCAGCAUUUUUUCUGGGGACCUGGCAAGUAAAAAGGAAGAAGUGGAAAGAAGAUUUAAUUGAGGGAUUAUUGAACACUACUAAAAUACCUCCAGUAUCUCUUCCAACUGAAUUAAGCGAGAUUGCAGAAAUGGAGUUUAGAAGGGUAACAGUUACAGGAGAGUUCGAUCAUAGUGGCGAAAUGUAUCUUGGACCCAGAUCAUUAUUAGUUGAUGGAGAAUCUACUUACAGUGGUAAACUUGUCUCAUCUGCUGGCAAUGGGUCUUCUGGUUAUUAUGUCAUCACUCCAUUUAUUAGAUCAGACACAAAGGAAAAAAUACUUGUCAAUAGAGGAUGGGUCUCUUUUCGGCAAAAGAACCCUAAAACGCGAGAAGAAGGCCAAAUCCAAGGGGAAGUUGAAAUAACUGGAGUGAUAAGACAUUCAGAAGAAGCACCAAGAUUCGGCCCUGUCAAAAAGGAAGAUGUUCGGAUAUGGUUUGCUAGGAAUGUUGAGCAAAUGGCUGAAAUGGUUGGUGGAGUACCCAUAUUUAUUGACGCUUCAGUUGAUACAACAGUUUCGGGUGGGCCUAUAGGUGGUCAGACUAGAGCGAGUCUUCGUAAUGAACAUUUGUCUUAUAUACUCACCUGGUAUAGCUUAAGUGCUGCUACUGGACUCAUGUGGUAUAUGAAAUACAUAAGAAAAGUUUAGUUAAUAUUUAGCUGUAUUGUUAAAAUCUUAAGUUAUUCAUACAUGCAAUAAUUGUACAUAAAUAAGAAUCGAAAAUUUGAAUUAUUGUAUAUUUAUAUAAUAAAUAAAAGGCUUAUCGAACCCAA